AUGCCUGAAGAGAAAGCAAAUGGAAAUAAUUGCUCACUGCAAUGUCAACUAAUUGACAGCCUAAAAAAUAAAAGUUCUGCUGGAUGGGAUGAAUAUUCUUCUUUUCUACUAAAAAAAUGCAAGGGGGAGUUAGCCAUACCAUUAGUCCAUUUAAUAAAUUGUGUAGUUGAAGGAGGUGUUCUUCCGAUGAAAUUCAAACUUGGUAUAGUUAAACCUUUAUAUCAAAAAGAGGAAAGAAAACAACCACAGAACUACAGACCAGUUGCCUUAACCUCAGUCUUUGGUAAAUUGAUUGAAAAAAUAAAGCUAGAAAUAUUAAUCGACCACCAUAAUACGAAUAACUUAAUAGGAGAUUUCCAACAUGGAUUGAGAAGUGGUCGGAGCACCAAAUCUGCAACAGUACAGAUUGUACACUGUCUGAUAAACUAA